AUGGUUAACUCCGUAGAUAACAACACCCUCGACUCCGCACUGGGAAGACCCGACCUUCAGCCAAGUCACCCCGCAUUGCAAACACCAACUCCAACACAAGAAGAUGUUGAUAAUCAUGUAAACCAGAAAUGCAGCCAUUGCAUGAUCGGACCACAAAAGCGUCUGAAAACCAGAGCGCAUUUCCUCAACAACAUCUCCACCAACUCUGGCCUUCUCUACAAAGACAAAUGA